AUGUCCUCCAGGUACCUCUUCCCCAAAGCCUACACGGAGACGCGCUACACGGCCCCCGGCCGCCCGACCCACCAAAAGCUGAAACCGGAGGACCACUGCUUCUAUCAUGGCACUGUAAGGAACAUGGCUGUGUCCAGCGUGGCUCUCAGCACCUGCCAGGGGAUAAGGGGCCUGAUCACCCUGGGCGGGAACCUCAGCUACGUCCUGGAGCCCAUCCGGGGCCUGGGAGCACAGCACCGCCUUUACAGACUGGAACACCUCCCGCUGCCCAUCGGCGUCUGUGGGCUCCCAGGCUUCCCAGGCUUCCCGCCACCCGGCGACUCGCACCACCCAGACCCACUGCCCGCCGUCAACCACACCCGGCAGCGCCGACCUCGACCUCGCAGGAUGAAAAGGGACGAGUUGCACACCACGAAGUUCGUUGAGCUGUACCUGGUGGCCGACUACGCAGAGUUUCAGAAGAACCGGCGCGACCCAGAAGCCACGAAGCACAAACUCAUGGAGAUCGCCAAUUACGUGGAUAAGUUCUACCGAUCCCUCAACAUCCGCAUCGCCCUGGUGGGCCUGGAGGUGUGGACACACGGCGACCAGUGUGAGGUGUCCCCCAACCCCUACUCCACCCUCUGGUCCUUCCUCAGCUGGCGCCGCAAGCUGCUGACCCGGAAGAGCCAUGACAACGCGCAGCUGAUCACGGGCGUGCCCUUCCAAGGUACGACCAUCGGCCUGGCCCCGCUCAUGGCCAUGUGCUCCGUGUACCAGUCGGGGGGCGUCAGCAUGGACCACUCCGAGAACGCCAUCGGCGUGGCGGCCACCAUGGCCCACGAGAUCGGCCACAACUUCGGCAUGAGCCACGACUCUGAGAACUGCUGCCAGGCCAGCGCCGAGGAUGGAGGCUGCAUCAUGGCGGCCGCCACCGGCCAUCCCUUCCCCAGGGUGUUCAACAACUGCAACCGGCGGGAGCUGGAGCGCUACCUGCUGUCGGGCGGGGGCAUGUGCCUGUCCAACAUGCCGGACACCAGCACCAUGUACGGCGGCCGCAGGUGCGGGAACGGCUACCUGGAGGAGGGGGAGGAGUGCGACUGCGGUGAGGAACAGGAGUGUGACAACCCCUGCUGUAACGCCAGCAACUGCACCCUGCGGCCGGGCGCCCAGUGUGCCCACGGCGCCUGCUGCCAGCACUGCAGGCUGCUGGCCCCCGGCACCCCCUGCCGCACGCGGGCGCGGCAGUGCGACCUCCCCGAGUUCUGCACGGGCACGUCCCCCCACUGCCCCACCAACUACUACCAGAUGGACGGCACGCCCUGCGAGGGGGGCCAGGCCUACUGCUACAACGGCAUGUGCCUCACCUACCAGCAGCAGUGCCAGCAGCUGUGGGGGCCCGGGGCCCAGCCUGCGCCUGAUCUCUGCUUCGAGAGGGUGAAUGUGGCCGGGGACACCUUUGGGAACUGUGGGAAGGACAUGAACGGGGAGCACAGGAAGUGCAGCAUGAGAGACGCCAAGUGCGGGAAGAUCCAGUGCCAGAGCUCGGAGGCGCGGCCCCUGGAGUCCAACACCGUGUCCAUCGACACCAACAUCGAUAUCGAUGGCCGGCGCAUCCGCUGCCGCGGCACCCAUGUCUACCGCGCCCCCGAGGAGGAGGGCGACAUGCUGGAUCCGGGGCUGGUGAUGACCGGGACCAAGUGUGGCUACCACCACAUCUGCUUCGAGGGCCAGUGCAGAAACACCUCCUUCUUCCACAUGGAAGGCUGCGAGAGGCAGUGCAACGGCCGCGGGGUCUGCAACAAUAAGGGCAACUGCCACUGUGACAGGGGCUGGGCCCCGCCGUUCUGCGACAGGCCGGGCCAGGGGGGCAGUGUGGACAGCGGGCCCCUGCCUGCCGAACACGCCGGCGCCGUGGUGGCCGGGCUGGGCAGCGCCGUCUUCCUGCUGGCCUGCCUGCUGCUGGGCCUCCGCUGCUACCGCCGCAACCCCAAGCUGGGCAGGCUGGCGCCCUGGACACUGCCCAGCGCGCUGCAGCAGCGCUUCCGCUGCCCCUUCAGGGUGUCUCAGAACAGCGGGACAGGCCACGCCAACCCCACUUUCAAGCUUCAGACCCCCCAGAGCAAGAGGAAGGUGACCAACACCCCGGAGACCCUGCGGAAGCCCUCCCAGCCUCCUCCUCGGCCCCCUCCAGAUUACCUGCACUGUGGCUCCCCCCUGGCCCCCCCACCCCCGCACCCCAGCAGGCCGGCCAGGCCUCCCCCAGGGUCUGGGGUCUCCGUGGAGAGGAAGGAGUCCGCUCGGGGGCCUCCCCCGAGCCGGCCCGUGCCCCCCGCCCCACUCUGCUUCACCUCCCAGGACCUCUCCAGACCUCGGCCGCCCCAGAAGGCGCUGCCCGCCAACCCAGUGCCCAGCCGCAAAGGCCUGCCCCGGCCAGGUGGCGUCCCCGUCCUGCGGCCCCCAGUGACCACCCCUCAGCAUCCACGGCCUCUAGCCGCCCCAAUCCCAAAGCUUCCUGAGUACAGAUCACAGAGGGUCACGGGUAUGGCCAACUCCAGGAUCUAGAACCCUCCGCGGCUGGCAACUCUGCGUCCCUCCCCCGUGGUCAGCACGCCGGACUCUCCUCCCGCCUGCCGUCCCCCUCCCGG